AUGGCUGCUGCAAGUCCUCAGCCUGAUGGUCCCAAGCCCAAGGGACCUCCUGACUUUUCAAAUGCCACGCCCAAAAUGACACCAUCUACCCUUGAGGGCGAAUCCGAGGAAGCUCGUCUGGAACGCCUUGGUAGACAACGGCCGGACAAGCUCCCUUCGAUCUGGUCGGAGAUCGGAUUCGUCUACUCGGUGACCAUGUCCCAAGGGCUUACGGAAUACUUCGUGUCUGGCUUCGAUGUGAUUCUGCCCACCGUGGUAAAGGAACUCAACAUCCCUUCGACCUCCAAAACCUGGCCUGCAAACGCUUUCUCGCUUGUUAUUGCUUGUUUCCUGCUUACAUUCGGGCGCUUGGGUAACAAGGACAUGCAUGGUGGCUAUCCGGUCUAUGUCGGUGGUAUCGCCUGGUUCACCAUCUGGUCAUUCAUUGCCGGCUGGUCCCAGAACGAGCUCAUGAUGGAUAUCUGCCGUGCACUGGGCGGCCUGGGCCCCGCUGCCUAUCUCCCCACUGGCCUCAUGCUGCUCGGAAGCUACUAUCGCCCUGGACCACGGAAAAACAUGGUAUUUGCCAUCUACGGCGCAAUGGCCCCUCUAGGAUUCUACUGUGGCAUUUUCUUCGCUGGCAUCGCCGCUCAGUUUACAACAUGGCGAUGGUAUUUCUUCAUCGGAACUAUCCUCUCCCUCAGCACCGCCGUUGUCGCUUACUUCGCCAUCCCGUCCGACAGAGAGGAUCGUAAGGGCAUGGGUAUAAAAAUGGAUUGGUGGGGCGCCAUAUUGAUAUCGGUCGGCCUCGUCCUUGUCGUAUACGCCAUCACCGACAGCUCCAACGCUCCACAUGGCUGGGCCACCCCCUACAUUUACGUUCUCCUCAUCGUCGGCGUGCUGCUCUUGGCGGCGGCCGUCUACGUUGAGGGUUGGGUUGCAGAGCAGCCGCUCCUUCCAUUCGACAUCUUCGAUGUCAAGUACAUGAAGCCGCUCUGCGCCGCAUUGCUCUUCUCGUACGGAAGCCUGGGGGUUUUUCUGCUUUACACGACGUUCUACAUGACUAACAUCAUGGGAGGCGAGCCACUCCAGCUCGUAGCAUGGUUCACACCCAUGGCUCUCGGGGGGUGCAUCAUCUCGACUGUUGGCGGACUGGUCCUCCACCGCAUUCCUGGCACUGGCAUCAUCAUCUUAGCGGGCCUCGCGUGGAUCAUUGCCCCUCUGCUCUUCGCAAUCGCACCGCACGGCGCCAACUACUGGGCCUACACUUUCCCCAGCAUGAUUUGCGCCACCAUCGCAAUUGAUCUCACCUUCACCGUGACGAACGUCUUCUUCACGACCAGCCUGCCGUUGAAGCGGCAAGGACUCGCGGGCGCGCUCAUCAACACACUCGUGCAGCUCAGUAUCGCCAUCUUCCUCGGGUUCGCAGAUGUGACUGCAUCGAACACGGCCGACCUAGGCCUGAUGAAGAGCUACAAGGCGGUCUUCUGGCUGGAGGUGGCCAUGGCCGGCCUCGCGCAGGUGCUGAUGGUCGGCUUCGUCAAACUAAAGCCGGCGACGAGCGACCUGACGGCUGAUGAGAAGGCGGCACUCGAGAUGGCGGAAGCGGAGGCGCGAGGAAACGCGCAAGAUGCAGCGGCAAGAGAGGGCGGUGGGGAAAAGAUGCAAGAGCACGCGUGA